AUGGCGGAGCAACCGGCGCAGCAACAGCAGCCUCAGGAAGAUGAAGGUGGUCCAACCUUGCUGGAAAGAGUGCUGAAUGUGGGCAAGCGAUGCUUGGGGGUCUUUGCCAAGGGCUCGCCACCAGAGCCUGCACCAGAGGUCUCUGCUUAUUUGCUCUCCAUUGGUAUCCAGCAGAGGCAUUUGCUACAGAUUUAUUCCGUCUUUGAUUAUUUGAAGCGCUGCGAGGAUGAGGAGGCCUUCAUCACCACUGUUUAUUCUGUUUCGUCAGAUGUAAUGCCGCUGCUGAUUGAGGAGCGUAGAAAGUAUGUGAUCCGGUUGCUCAGGUGUAUCCUUAAACUCGGGGACUGUGAGGAGGAAGCCACCUGGGACAAGUUUCUGUGGGUGAUGUUGCGCUUUUGUUCUUUGAAUCGGGUAGAGCUUGCCCAGACGCUCUUCCUGUGUAUCCUUCGCAUACGUGAUAGCACCACGUACCACUACAUACGCAGUUAUGAGCUCCAAGAGUUUUUCGCUGCUUACAGGAACUGCCCGAUCAAGUCAUUUGACACGGCGGAAAUCAACUUUGACUUGCUGCCAAUCCGCAGAUAUUAUGCUUCGGAUUUUGCGGAACUGUUAAUGAGAUACUCGGUAUUGCUUCAUCCUAUUCUCCAUCUACAGCAGUCUCUCCAAUCCAAGCUUCCAAGCAUGGACUUCUGGGACAACAACACAGAGUCUGUCUCCUUCUGUAGGAAGAUUACCUUUGACUUCUUCAUGAUGGAAACAGGCCGGAUUUUCCUGCGGGGUGAGCCGCCAUUCCGGGAGACCUGUGACAUGCUGUGCCCAGAUGCACUGGGAUGUGUUCCAAUCAACCAAGACCAGUGGAUCCUCCGAACUUGGGUUGCCAAAGGUGGCCAGGGACUGGCCCAAGUCUUUGUCUGGGGUGAGCAGGCGCUCCCUGAGGUGAUCGAUCUGCGGCAGGCAGCCAAGGAGGAAGAGGAGGAACGAGAACGCGUGCGCCUUGAAAAGCUAAAGGCAGAGGAGGAGGAGGCUAUGGAGAAGGAGAUCUCCAAGGCUGAGCUGGCUAAGAUACAAAAGGAGUCAGAGGUGAAGUUGGAAGACAUGACGGAGGAUGAAGCCAAACGCCAUCGCCAGACACAGGCAAUGGAGAAGGCUAAGCGUGAAGCGGAGAUGAAGAAGGACAAGUCAAUGGCCGAAAAGCCGUCUUUCGACCUCACGGCACUGACUCGUCAAGCAGCUGUGAUGGAUGAGGAGUUUGCCGCUCCGAUGGAUGUGUUGCCGCCAAAAUGGAUGAAGCACUGCACCAUUGCGCCGGCGCAGCAACUGCGGGGUGCAGAUCCCCCACUGCCGGUGCAACUGAAGCAGCCUCCCAAGAAGAUCUACAAAGUCUCCAAGGAGUCGGAUCGCAGGAAAGUUGCAAGGGCGAAGAGGGAAGCAAAUGAAACCGAGGGCGAGGGCGAAGAGGACAAUGCGGACAGCCCGGACAAUCCGGACGGCCCAGAUGACGCCUGA